CUCAGUUCGCUUUGUCACUUCACCCCGAUCAUACGUCGUCGUUCGUUCGCGGUUGGGUUCACCAAAUUAUUUUUUUUUUCUCGCAAAUUCCUCCGUGUGUCCCGUGAUUAUUUACUUUUUGCAUUGGUUUUAACUGUUUCAUUUGUGUAACCUUUCACCGUGUGUGAGUGUCGUGAUUUUUCUCUGUUCCGUGACGCGCAGUAAAGCUGUGAGUCAUCUCUGUCCCUAAUCUUCGCCGAAGGCUGAAAAUCUGAUUUUGUGAUGAUGUGUCCACUUCUGGCGGUGGAGGCCAUCAGAAUGCGGCGCUAAGCGCAAAGCGAACGGGAACGGGUCUCGAAUGGUUGGCCAUUGGCUUCUCUAGGAGGCUCAGCCAGCAGCAGCAGCGCGGUGAAAAUCGCUGAACGUGGAAAUUCGCUGAAGACGGAAGAGAGCGCGCAGAAAAAAAGAGUAAAAAGUGCUUGGCUCAGGUGUGUUUGAUGCAACAAGGUGUGUUGUCUCUUGGGGGGUGAGGAUCACUUGCCGGAAGUUGCGGAGCUGCUACGCGAAGGAAGUGCCGCGGAGGUGAAGAGAAGGUCUCGGCGAAGAUCUUGCGAAACGCGCUGAGCUGCUGAUUUUUAUUGACCACGAGCAAGAUGUGGAGUCCGACGCACAUUCAGGUCACAGUCCAACGGGCGAAAGGACUCCUGAUCAAGGGCAAGCAUGGCACCAACAACUGCUUCGUCAUCAUCGCCCUCGGCAAGGAGAAGUACCAGACGUCGGUCAAGGAGAAAGCCCCGGAAGCGGUCGACUGGCACGAGGAGUGCGAACUUCAAAUCCCCACCCACGGCAACCGGGCCGAGCUGGUCCUGACCGCGCUCCACCACAACUCGCUCGGCAUCGACGAGUUCCUGGGCCAGGUCGUGCUUCCGCUCAGCGAGAUGGACGUGUACGAGCGGCCCCGGUCGCGCUGGUUCCCACUCCAGAGUAAACCCGGCAAGGAGAAGAAGGCGGCCAAGGAGCGGGGCGAGCUGGAGGUCCGGAUUGCGUUCACCGUGAAGGCCGGCUCGCUGACGGAUCUGAGCAAGAAGGAGAAGAACAAGAGCUCGAUCAGUAAUUUGGCGUCCAAUGUUGGCGGGUCGUUGCUGAGCAUCGGGGCGAUCGAGAAGCGGAAAGGGCUGAAGAAGUUUGCCAAGUCGCUGGGGUCGAAGGUUCACAUCAGUGGGAUCGGGAAGAAGAAGAACAAGGACAGCGGGGGGGUUGAAGGGUUGGGGGAUGAUGGGUCUUCGUUUACGGGAAGUUACUCGAGCAUUGGGACGCCGAGCGGGUUGACCUCGCGCCAGUCCCGGCAGACGUUUGGAGAUGCCGAUCCGGGCGUGAUCAGUGAAGACGAGGACGAGUUUGUGUUUGACAAUCUGUCGCACAAGAGUUCGGGGAGUUCGUUGAACAUCAAUCGGCAUGCCCAAGCGCAAGCUCAAGCCCAGCAGCAGUUUCAGCAUUUGCCAAAGUCGGCCACUCAAUCGACGUCGUCGACGCCGGACGAAACGAGGAAACACAAAUCGAUGACGCUUCCGGCCUCGGGGGUGGCGUCGGCACCGUCCAAACCUCCGAGGUUGCUUUCCGAGUCGGAAGAGGGCGGCGUUCCGCGGGACGAGUGGGAACAGAAGCUGUACGGGAAGCACUUGGAGAUUGGAAGUACCGACUCGUUGAAGCGACGUUCGUGGGAGAGUUCCCGGGUGAUGUUGUCCGUCCAGCAGGAGGAAGAAGAGGAUCAGCAGCAGGUGCUGGGGAGGAAGGUCCCUAAAGAACCGAUGGUACCGGCGCCGACCUCCGUCACCGCACCCACCUCGCCAACCCUGGCGGAAAAGAACAAAUCUGAAGAAGCGGCGGACAAACCGCGACCACUGCCUCGGGUAGGCUCGCAGGACGUCGCCAAGGUCAACGACAAGCUGAUCCUGGACAACGGCUCCAGCGGAAGUCGCCGUUCGAUCAACCAACCGUCCCCAAAGCUCGAAAAGGAGCACAGCAGUUCGUCGUUCACGAAGAAGUUGAAGCACUUUAUCAAGGACCACCGGGCGGAAUCGAUGGAGAAUCUGUCCUCGUCCAAGACCAAACUGAACGGCACCAGCAAGCACCACGGCAAUCUGCACGCCGGAAACGAGCGCAUCAUCAUCGGCGGCGAGAACGACAUGCCGACCCUUUCGGGGGUGGUCCGCCAGAGCAAACUGGUCACGGAGGUGUCGCCGGAGAUUGCGGCCAAGUACGAGGGCAAGACGCGCGAGGACAUGAUGCGGAUCGCGCACAACCUCGAGAGCGAAGUGCAGUACCAGAAGCAGAAGGUCAAGGAGCUGGAGGACUAUCUGGACAGUUUGCUGCUGAAGGUGAUGGAGUGCCAGCCGCGGAUACUGCAGAAUCCGUACCAGACCAAGGGCGGCGUCGCGAUCAACCAUCCGACCAAGAGUGGAUGAUUUUGCCCUCCUUGUCCUCCUUGUCUUCCCGUUACAGUGGCAUUGUCGGCAAGCAGCUGAUGGAGUGCAUCUAUCUUUAGGCCCCUUUUAGCAAGAGUAGCUAGCGAAUCAUCGUCCCCCGUCCCAAUAAUGUUUUUCCCUUAAAAAAAAGUCCCCUAAAACAACAAACACAACUAACAGAACUGAUUCACUGCGAUUUUUUUUUGUUUUGCUUUGGUUCGAUGGUAAGUCAUUCCGGUUAAACUCUUUUAAAAAGUCCCAGAUUUAGUACAUUUUUUUACACCGUAACCAUUUAACAAAAGCUCGCAAACUCAUUUUAACACAAGCGACAAAAUUCCACUUUAUGUAAGAUUAGUUGACCGCAAUUUACCGCCAAAUGUGUAUUUAUUGGAAGAAUGAUGAAAAAGACAGUUUAGAAUUCCUUUCUUACCAACAAUAUUUUUUUCCAUUUUGCUGUUCCAAAAUCGGUGCAACAGACUUUGUACUAUUACGUUUAAGAGAAAGUAACAACAAUGAAAAAAAUGAUAAACACACUCACUCACAAACACACCACUCCCCGUUGUUGUACCUUAAGCGCCCUAGGAUUUAAACAUUAAGUAAAGCAAUUAUAGAUAUACACAUUAUUAUUUUCCCGCAAGAAAUUAUUGUUUUGACGACUCCCUGGAAAAAAUGGUUGCCUUAAAUUGUAAAACAAUUCAAUAUAUAUUAAAAAAAA